UCCCGGAGGUCGCAUCUUGCCCGGGUCUCCCUCGUCCCCAGCGCUCGCCCGCGUGGUCCUGCCACGGCCUUCCCGCUGCCCGCACCAUGGGCCUCGGCUACGACUCCUCAGUUCGAGUUGAGUGGAUUGCAGCCGUGACAUUUGCUGCUGGGACAGCUGCUCUCGGUUACCUGGCUUACAAAAAGUUCUAUGGUAAAGAUAAUCGUACCAAAGCUAUGGUGAACCUCCACAUCCAGAAAGACAACCCCAAGGUCGUGCAUGCCUUCGACAUGGAGGACCUGGGAGAUAAGGCCGUGUACUGCCGCUGCUGGAGGUCCAAAAAGUUUCCAUUCUGUGAUGGGGCUCACAUAAAACAUAACGAAGAGACUGGCGACAACGUGGGACCUCUGAUCAUCAAGAAAAAAGAAACUUAAUGGACAUUUUCAGUGCUGCACCCCAGAGUGUUGUGAUGUCACCUGAUCGUUUAAUUAGAAUUAAUUAAUUAACGAGACACCCACUCUGUCUGAUUGGCCUCCCUGGUUCUAGAUGUGGUUGGUACCUCACAAAUCGCAGCUUUCGUAUUCAUGGCUUUAGUCUUGCUGUUGGAGCAUCGUGGUGCACAUUUGUUGAAAGAGCAUAAAAAAGAAAGGCUAAACCAACCUCAUGGUAUAUGGGUUAUUUUGGUCUUGUAAGGAUCCGUUGCUUUACAGUAAUGGUCUUAGAAUAUAGUUGUAUCUGAGGUUAACAUAUUAAAUUAUUCUCAACAUCA